CCAUUGGACAAAAAAUAAUUCAUCCAAUCAAAAAACCCCUCUCUUGUAAUAUUUGGGGUUGUCGUAACAUACCUAAACAAAGUGAAAAAUGCCGACUUGUUUGAGAGCUAAGUGUGUAGUUGUAGGGGACUCCACAGUUGGGAAGAGUGCCCUCUGUCAGGCCUUCCAUAGUGAUGGCUCACAUUUUCCAAAGAACUACACCAUGACCACAGGAGUAGAGCUACUGGUCAAACAUGUGAACAUUCCUGAUUCAAAAGACAGUGUGGAACUGUAUAUGUAUGACUCUGCUGGUAAAGAAAUUUUUGCCGAGCAUGUUCAAAACUUUUGGGAACAACCAUCUGUUGUCAUGGUAGUGUAUGAUGUCACGAGUGAAACAUCAUUCUCCAGUUGCGCUAAGUGGUUGGAGCGGGUGAAAUCUCAGAAACCUGAAGUACAGAUACCAGGAGUAUUGGUAGCAAAUAAGAUUGAUUUGGACGAGAGACGAGUUAUCAGUCCUAAGGCAGGAAUGGAGUUUGCAGAGAGCAACGGACUCAAAUACUUUGAAUGCUCAGCUAAAGAAAUGCAGAACAUUGAUGCCUCUUUCUACUACCUGGCUAACGAGUUUCACAAGUUAUACCAAGACCGACUAGAGACAUUCAAAUCCCUGUCAUAACCUUAAUGUAUUUGAUGUCAGUUAAACAUUCCGUCCAUAUUACUGUACAAUAUAUAUAUGCUUUUAAAAGAUAUUUCUGUUUAUUUGUUUUUGAAUCUAUAAAAAAAAAAAAUA